GAGAUCAUCUCAACGCGACGCGUACAGUAACAACCUGCGCUCGCUGCGUACAUCGUGACCGGUGUAAAGAAGCAAGUGCGCGCAUUUCAGGGACACCAUAAACAGUAGAUCAUGGCAGACCUUGGACUAAAAGAGGGGGACAAGGUGCUGCUGAUCUGGAGCCAACCAUCAUCUCCCACCACGCUGAAAGACUUUGCUGAGCGUAUCGGCACCAUUGUUGGCAACCAGAGUCUAGUGUCUUUAGAAAAUAUGGAGAGACUACAACUGUUUUCUCACUCGGUGUCAAGUUAUGACUGGGUUCUCUCAGGCCUUCUGACGGACAGCUCCUCAAUCCACAGCUCUGAACUGUUGGCAGAGAUCGCCAAAGUGAUGAAACCGGGUGGGAAACUUGUGCUAGAAGAGCCAGUUUCAGGUUCUGAGGAAAAUGGUGUAAAAACUGCUGGGAAGUUGAUGUCAGCUUUGAAACUGUCUGGACUGGUGUCCGUCACAGAGAUUAAAACGGAGUCUCUGAGCCCAGAAGCAACCGCAGCCAUAAAGGAGCGUACAGGUUUCCAAGGAAACGCUCUUUCAAGGGUGCGCAUAUCUGCAUCUAAACCCAACUUUGAGGUCGGGUCCUCCACACAGCUGAAACUCUCCUUUGGCAAGAAAGCCACCACAGCAGAGAAGCCAGCUCUUGAUCCAAGCACGGCUAAAAUGUGGACUCUGUCAGCCAAUGAUAUGGACGAUGAUGAUGUGGAUUUGGUAGAUUCAGACACACUUCUGGACGCAGAUGACCUGAAGAAGCCUGACCCAACCUCUCUCAAGACGUCCUGCGGGGAGGAUUCAAAUAAGAAAAAGAAAGCCUGCAAGAAUUGCACUUGUGGUCUGGCUGAGGAAUUGGAGCAGGAUAGCAAAGCUGCCCAGAAAGCCAGUUUGCCUAAAUCAGCCUGUGGAAGUUGUUAUUUGGGAGAUGCCUUCCGAUGUGCCAGCUGCCCAUAUUUAGGCAUGCCUGCCUUUAAACCCGGGCAGAAGGUUUUGUUGGCCAACGCUGACGUAGCGGAUACAUAGAAACUCAUUGUAGGACUUAUUUACAUUCCGUUAUCAUUCUGCAAUAUCAGAGCAUGAAUUAAUUCCCAUAGACGUAUCUUUUGAUGUUAAUUCUACUAACUGAAUACACUAAAGUGGAAUCCUAUGAAUUUGAAAGCACUGUUUGGUUUGAAAUCUCAAAUUCAAGCAAUUAUAUGACUUAAAAUGUGUUAAAUAGUUUGAAAUAUCCAGAUCAGACCAUUGAACAUCUUGAGAUCAUUUGACUUCAAAAAGCUUCAUUUAGAAGCAAGGAAUCUUCACUUUGGGUGUUUAUUUGAAAUUGUGUUGUGUAUAAAAGUCAUUCUUUUGAAAUGAAAUAAAAUGUAAAAUAAUUCA